GAGAAACCACACUCAUGGCGACACUUCUUCUCUCACCUUCUUCAACCUAGUUUUUGUUCAUUGUCUUUUCAGUAACGGAUCUCUAAGCCAUGAGGAGAUCCUUCUUCUUCCUUCUCCUCAUCUUCCACGCGCCUUUACUCUCACGCGCCGAUGAUACUCACUCUGAGAUCGACGCGCUCACUGCCUUCAAGCUCAACCUCCACGACCCACUCGGUGCGUUAACCUCAUGGGACCCCACAACCCCCUCAGCUCCCUGCGACUGGCGCGGCGUCUUCUGCACAAACCACCGCGUCACGGAGAUCCGUCUCCCCCGUCUUCAGCUCUCCGGAAGAAUCUCCGACCGUAUCUCCAACCUCCGCAUGCUGCGUAAGCUCAGCCUCCGCUCAAACUCAUUCAACGGAACCAUCCCUCCCUCACUCGCGUACUGCACGCGCCUACUCUCCGUCUUCCUCCAGUACAACUCGCUAACCGGAAAACUCCCCCCGGGGAUGAAGAAUCUCACUGAGUUGGAAGUCUUCAACGUCGCCGGAAACCGUCUCUCCGGUGAGAUCUCGGCUUCUUUACCGUCGAGUCUCAAGUUCCUUGACCUCUCCUCCAACGUCCUCUCUGGUAUAAUACCGAGUGGACUCGCUAACUUGACUCAGCUCCAGAAUCUUAACCUCUCGUAUAAUCAAUUAACCGGUGAGAUUCCCGCAAGCCUCGGCAAGCUUCAGAGCUUACAGUAUCUUUGGCUAGACUUCAACCUCUUGCAAGGGACGUUACCUUCCGCGUUAUCAAACUGCUCCUCCAUCGUUCACUUGAGCGUUUCGGAGAACGCUAUCCGCGGCGUUAUUCCCGCCGCGUUUGGCGCUCUGCCUAACCUCGAAGUCAUCACUUUAAACAACAACAAUCUCUCCGGUACUCUCCCGUUCUCUCUCUUCUGCAACACUUCGCUAAAGAUCGUUCAGUUAGGAUUCAACUCCUUCUCCGACGUCGUACGGCCUCCGGAGACGGUUAACUGUCGGAGUACCGGUUUACAAGUCUUGGAUCUCCGGGAGAAUCGAAUCUCCGGUCUUUUCCCGAAGUGGUUGACGAACGUUGUGUCGUUAACGAGUCUUGAUGUUUCUGGAAAUGUUUUUUCCGGUGAGAUUCCGGCGGAGAUUGGUGGCUUGAAGUUGUUGCAAGAGCUGAAGUUGGCUAAUAACUCACUUACCGGUGAGAUUCCGGUUGAGGUUAAGCAAUGUAGCUUGUUAGCGGUUUUAGAUUUGGAAGGGAACCGGUUAACCGGUUUAGUUCCGGAGUUUCUAGGCUACAUGAAGGCUUUAAAGGUUUUGUCUUUAGGCAGAAACAGCUUCUCUGGUUAUGUGCCUUCUUCUAUGGUGAAUCUCCAGCAGCUUGAUCGGUUAAACUUAGGUGAAAACAACUUGAAUGGGAGUUUUCCGGUGGAGUUGAUGGCUUUAACUAACUUAUCUGAGCUGGAUCUUAGUGGAAACCGGUUUUCUGGUGAGGUUCCGGUUAGUAUCAGUAACUUAAGUAACCUUAGUUUUUUGAAUUUGAGUGGGAAUGGAUUCUCUGGUGAGAUACCGGUUACUGUGGGGAAUCUGUUUAAGCUAACGUCUCUUGAUUUAAGCAAACAGAAUAUGUCUGGUGAGAUUCCGGUUGAGGUUUUCGGUUUGCCGAAUUUGCAAGUGAUUGCGUUGCAGGAGAAUAACUUCUCUGGUGUUGUGCCUGAAGGGUUUAGUAGCUUGGUGAGUUUACGGUAUGUGAACUUGAGUUCCAACUCGUUCUCUGGUGAGAUACUGCAGACUUUCGGGUUUCUUCGGUUGUUGGUUUCUCUGUCGCUGUCGGAUAAUCACAUCUCCGGGGCCAUUCCACCUGAAGUUGGAAACUGCUCUGCUCUUGAGGUUCUUGAGUUGAGAUCAAACCGGCUAAUGGGUCAUGUUCCAGCUGAUCUCUCGAGACUUUCUCGUUUGAAAGUGAUGGACUUGGGUAGGAACAACUUGUCAGGUGAGAUCCCAUCAAGAAUCUCUGAGAGCUCGUCUCUUCAGACACUGUCACUUGACCACAAUCAUCUCUCAGGAGUCAUACCUGAAUCAUUCUCUGGACUUUCAAACUUGUCAAGGCUUGAUCUCUCUGUUAACAACUUAACUGGAGAGAUUCCAUCUACACUCUCGCUUAUUGCCACUAACUUGGUGUAUUUCAACGUCUCAAGUAACAAUCUCAAAGGAGAGAUUCCAGCUUCUUUCACCAACCCAUCAGACUUCUCAGGCAACGCAGAGCUAUGCGGCAAGCCGUUGAAAAGAAAAUGCGAAAGCAACACUGCAGAGGCAAGGAAGAAGAGAAGGAAAAUGAUUAUUAUGAUAGCUAUGGCUUCAGUAGGUGCUUGCCUCUUAACACUCUUCUGCUGCUUCUACAUUUACACACUCCUGAAAUGGAGAAAGAAGCUGAAACAACAGUCCGCAACGGGAGAAAAGAAACGCAGUCCUGGGAGAACAAGCGCGGGAAGUAGAGUACGUAGCAGCACGAGCCGGUCAAGCACAGAGAACGGAGAACCGAAGCUAGUGAUGUUCAACAACAAGAUCACUCUAGCGGAAACAAUAGAAGCAACAAGACAGUUCGAUGAAGAGAACGUUCUUAGCAGAACCAAAUACGGUUUGCUAUUCAAAGCUAAUUACAACGAUGGUAUGGUUCUUUCGGUCCGUCGCUUACCUAAUGGUUCUCUUUUAAACGAGAAUUUGUUCAAGAAAGAAGCUGAGGUUCUUGGUAAAGUCAAGCACAGGAACAUCACUGUCCUUAGAGGCUACUACGCUGGUCCACCAGAUUUGAGGCUCUUGGUGUAUGACUACAUGCCUAAUGGGAACUUAUCUACUUUGCUUCAAGAAGCUUCUCACCAAGAUGGUCAUGUCCUGAACUGGCCAAUGCGUCACCUCAUUGCUCUUGGGAUCGCUCGUGGACUCGGUUUCCUCCAUCAAUCCAACAUGGUUCAUGGUGAUAUAAAGCCACAGAAUGUACUCUUCGACGCUGACUUUGAAGCUCAUUUAUCCGACUUCGGGCUUGACCGUCUCACGGUACGAUCUCCGUCAAGAACAGCCGUCUCAUCAGCCACCAUCGGGACACUAGGAUACGUUUCUCCAGAAGCUACAUUGUCCGGAGAAAUCACGAGAGAGUCAGACAUCUACAGCUUCGGCAUUGUCCUACUCGAAAUCCUAACCGGGAAGAGACCGGUUAUGUUCACACAAGACGAGGAUAUAGUGAAAUGGGUGAAGAAACAGCUUCAGAGAGGCCAAGUCACAGAGCUGCUGGAACCGGGUCUGCUCGAGCUAGACCCGGAGUCAUCUGAAUGGGAAGAGUUCUUGUUAGGUAUCAAAGUCGGACUUCUUUGUACGGCCACGGAUCCUCUUGACCGACCAACAAUGUCUGAUAUUGUGUUCAUGUUAGAAGGUUGUCGUGUUGGUCCUGAAGUUACUUCCUCCGCCGAUCAACCUUCACCGGCCUAACCGCUUUUUAUUUUAUUUUCUUUCCUGAUUUAAAUUCUUAGUAAGAAAAAACAAAACAAGAACUAAUAUUUAAAAAUUCAGCAUGAUUAUUAUUACAUUAUUUGUCGGACUUUGCAGCCUUCUUUAAUGUCUUUGUUUGUUGUUUUCGGUCUUUGCAUGGCCCAGUAGAGAUUUUGAAUUAGGUCACUUUUGUGUUUAGUCAACGUAAUUACAGCACCCGGAUUUUAUGCAAU